AAGCCGGAGGGCGAGCAGGACCAAUCGAAGUCGGAGGUGCCCGUGCCACUAAACGAUGAAAAUCACAUCGACGGCAAGCAGAUCAUUGCUCGUCAAAUUCAGGGCACCGUUAAAUGGUUCAACGUAAAGAACGGCUAUGGGUUCAUAAACCGCGCUGACACAGGCGAAGACAUCUUUGUGCAUCAGACGGCCGUCACAAAAAAUAAUCCCAACAAAUAUUUGCGAUCGUUAGGCGAUGGAGAGAAGGUUGAAUUUGACGUUGUUGAAGGGCAAAAGGGUCCGGAAGCAGCGAACGUAACCGGACCGGACGGAACGAACGUGGAAGGGUCGAAGUAUGCGGCAGAUAAAUCGGAAGGAGGUCGAGGUGGACGUGGUUAUCGUCGACGUUUCUACUACGGUGGUUAUCGUUCAGGAAGAGGUGGUCGUCGUGCCACUUCGGAGGGCGAUAAUGCUGGUGAUACAGGUGAGGAGGGCGAUGCGGCUGAUGAGGGAGUACGUCGUCGAGGUCGAGGUGGAUAUCGUGGUCGAGGUCGUGGUCGUGGAUUCAGAGGACGCGGGGGACGUGGACGUGGUGGACAGAGACGUAGUGCUUCCGAGGGGGAACGUCACGAGAGCGUUGGAAACGGUGAGCAUACACCACCGCAAGAGAAUGGUUUCCGUGGAGGAGGUGCAGGGCGUGGAGGAACUGGUUCUCGUGGGGGACGUGGCCGAGGAGGUCGUGGACGCCGCGGGGGUCGUAUGAACGAGAAUUCACCAAAUGAAGUUGAGGAUAAGGGUAUGGUGAAUGCUGGUGACAGUAAAGGUACCAAUGCGACUACACCAUCAAACGAGCAUGCUCCAUUGGCGCAAACAAAUGACGCCAAGGAGACCGUCGUCCAGGCUUAA